AUGUCAAUUAUAAAUAUAAUCUUGUUCGGAUUGUUAUCAAUUAAUUUAAUAAUUGGUGUUCAAUCAAAUUCAGUAAAUCGUACAUAUCUUAUAAAAAAAGAUUUUCUUAGUGGUCUUAAAGGAGGUGAAUUUACUAUAUAUGAUAGUACAGGUAAAACUCGUUUAUAUCGUAUGGAAUCAAAAUUUCGUUUAACUCAUGAUGUUCGUUUAUAUACUUAUACAUCAAAAAAAUUAUUAGCAAGUUUAAAAGCUAAAGUAACAGCUGUUAUGUAUAAAGCAAUAAUAACUAUUUACGAUAAGAAUAAUAAUGAAUGGAAUAAUGGAACAAUUGAACAAAAUUUUAAAAUAGUUGGAAAUAAAUUUACAAUAUUAUGGAAUAAUAAUCGAAUAUUAAUGGAAGGCUCAGCUGCUUCAUUAAAUACAGCUUUUAUUGAACAACCUUUAGGAAAUAUUGUGGCCAAAUUUCGAAAACGAAUUAGUUCAUUAUUUUGGAGAAAUAAAUAUGAUUUACAACUAUUAUCAAAUACAUAUCCUGAUGAACUUUACUUUUUAGGAGUUGCUGCUAGAGAUCAUAGUAAUUUAAAAAUUCAUCGAGGUUAA